CAUGACCAAGUCGUACAGCGAGAGCGGCCUCAUGGGCGAGCCGGGGCCGCCGCGCUGGGCGGAGGGGCGCCUCAGCCCCCGCGACGGGGAGCGCGACAAGGCGGAGGAGGAGCCGGAGGGGCUGCCCGGCGAGGCUGAGGAGGACGCGCUGCGCAACGGCGACGAGGAGGAUGAGGAGGACGAGCUGGACGAGGAGGAGGACGAGGACGAGGAGGACGAGGAGGAUGAGCAGAAGCCCAAGCGGCGCGGCCCCAAGAAGAAGAAGAUGACCAAGGCGCGCAUGGAGCGCUUCAAGCUCCGCCGCAUGAAGGCGAACGCGCGCGAGCGCAACCGCAUGCACGGCCUCAACGCGGCCCUGGACAACCUGCGCAAGGUCGUGCCCUGCUACUCCAAGACGCAGAAGCUGUCCAAGAUCGAGACGCUGCGCCUGGCCAAGAACUACAUCUGGGCGCUCUCCGAGAUCCUGCGCUCGGGCAAGCGGCCCGAUCUGGUCUCCUACGUGCAGACUCUGUGCAAGGGGCUCUCGCAGCCCACCACCAACCUGGUGGCCGGCUGCCUGCAGCUCAACUCGCGCAACUUCCUCACGGAGCAGGGCCAGGAGGGGGGUCGCUACCACGGCCCCAACGCCUCCUUCGCCGUGCACCCCUACCCGUACCCCUGCUCGCGGCUGGCCGGCCCAGGUCAUGACGUGCCUCCCCGGGAAGCUCAGCGGCUGAAGGCAGCACCUGGAUGCCCCGCUGGGUCUCCUCCGCCUCAGACUGCUGAGGAGAACCUCGAAGCACCUUCACUCUUUCACUCCAAGCUGCAUUUAGGCUGGAGAUCUCGCCCUUGGUGUUUGCCUUGGUGA